AUGUUGCCUUUUGGAGUUCGCCCGGGAAACCAGCGCUGGUCUCAUGGCCAACCCUCUCCAGAUACGAACGGCACAGAUUCUGAUGGGUCGGAUAAGUGUAGCCAGGAUCCAGGACCUCAGGUGUUCAAUCCCAGCUUAGUGGACGUACUCAAUGUUCGGAGUUGGUUGAAAUGGAAGGUCCCACAUGGUCUGCCUGUGGAACUCAUCGAUAUCAUCGUCGAUGCUGCGGAAUAUUGGCCUUCGGUAGAGCAGAAAAUGCAAGACCAGCGGAUCAUCCAAAAAGACUGUGAUCAAGUUCUGUUAAAGACAGUUCCCUUCUGUUAUGAUCGGAAUAGCUUGGAGCAAGAAUCGAGUCCUACCCCAUUACCUCAUCGCGGAGCACACCCUUGCCGCAAGAUAGUCUUCAAUAUCUCAUCUCACGACCAAGGCGGCGGGAGACGCCGCGAGAACAUGUAUGAGUUUUCAUGGACCUGGUUUGACACCGAAGUCAUUCAUGGAGCCCAUACGAGGAACAUGUAUGUCAAUGGAACCGAGCAGGAGAUCCUCGAUAAUGAGCGUGGUCAAGUCCGAAAACACUAUACCGAGGCAGAUGCGCUGCUAUUGCCGCGUGACAACAAAUUGCAGGUCAACGGAGCCCACGUGAGCGAUAUGCAGCACAAUGAAAUUGUUUGGGAUUAUCGAGACGAUAUCCAAGCGGACUCACCCGAGGCAUUUGAGAUUGAGAAGGCUCGGGGUCGUGGCCGGCUUACUCUCGAUGGACAUGGAGUUCGCGAGAUGGAGAUUGGCGAUUCGAUUGCCAUUUGGGCCCGGGCAAGAUUUCCCGGCUGGUCAAACCACGUUUAUCACGCGAGCGUGAGGAUAUACUGGGCUGUAUGA